ACACGCGCAGCGGCGGACAGCUGAGUGGAGGACCGCACCGCCUAGCGGAGCUUCCGCUGAAGGACACUAGAUCCGGCGGCUAGUAGAGGUGAGCGGCGGUCGGCGAGGGCUCGACUUUGGGCUGUUCAGUGCCAUGCAUCCUUUACAAUGCAUUCUUCGAGUACAGAGGUCUCUAAGGUGGGAACCGUUGACCUCUGUGUCCUGGCUCUUGUUCAAGACCUGUAAGGCACACAGCACUCUCCCCAGCACUGCAUGCCCCAGUCCAGGCCAACAGGAGGAUGGAGUUCGCAAGGAUUUCAGCUCCAGGUUGGCCACUGGACCGACUUUUCAGCAUUUUUUAAGAGCUUCAGCUCCUCAAGAGAAACCAUCCUCUCCAGAAGCAGAGGACCCACCCCACUAUCUCACAGUGGAUGAACUUCUAGGAAGGCAGAGAAAAGUCUAUCUUGAGACCUACGGCUGCCAGAUGAACGUGAAUGAUACAGAGAUAGCCUGGUCCAUCUUACAGAAGAGUGGCUACCUGCGGACCAGUAACCUCCAAGAGGCUGAUGUGAUUCUUCUUGUCACUUGUUCUAUCAGGGAGAAGGCUGAACAGACCAUCUGGAACCGUUUACAUCAGCUUAAAGCUUUGAAGAUGAAACGAUCCCGCUCCCGGGUGCCUCUGAGGAUUGGGAUUCUAGGCUGCAUGGCUGAGAGACUAAAGGAGGAGAUCCUCAACAGGGAGAAAAUGGUGGAUCUCUUGGCUGGUCCGGAUGCCUAUCGAGACCUUCCCCGACUGCUGGCUGUCGCGGAGUCAGGGCAACAAGCUGCCAAUGUGCUGCUGUCUUUGGAGGAGACCUAUGCUGAUGUCAUGCCAGUCCAGACAAGCCCCAGUGCCACCUCUGCCUUCGUGUCAAUAAUGCGGGGCUGUGACAACAUGUGCAGCUAUUGCAUUGUUCCGUUCACACGUGGUAGGGAAAGGAGUCGGCCUGUGGCCUCCAUUCUGGAGGAGGUGAGGAAGCUUUCUGAGCAGGGGCUAAAAGAAGUGACCCUUCUUGGUCAGAAUGUUAAUAGUUUUCGGGACAAUUCCGAGAUUCAGUUCAACAGUGCAGUGUCUACCAACCUCAGCCGAGGCUUCACCACCAACUAUAAAACCAAACAAGGGGGCCUUCGUUUUUCUCACCUUCUGGAUCAGGUUUCCAGAGUAGAUCCUGAAAUGAGGAUCCGUUUCACUUCUCCCCACCCCAAGGAUUUUCCUGAUGAGGUUCUACAGCUGAUUCACGAAAGAGGCAACAUCUGUAAGCAGAUCCACCUGCCUGCCCAGAGUGGAAGCAGUCGUGUGCUGGAUGCCAUGCGGAGGGGAUAUUCAAGAGAAGCUUAUGUGGAGUUAGUUCACCAUAUCAGAGAGUCUAUCCCAGGUGUGAGCCUCAGCAGCGAUUUCAUUGCUGGCUUUUGCGGGGAGACAGAGGAAGACCAUCUGCAGACAGUGUCUUUGCUUCGGGAAGUUCAGUACAACAUGGGUUUCCUCUUUGCCUACAGCAUGAGACAGAAGACACGGGCUUAUCAUAGGCUGAAGGAUGACGUCCCAGAAGAAGUAAAAUUAAGGCGUUUGGAGGAACUUAUCACUGUUUUCCGAGAAGAAGCUUCAAAAGCCAAUGGGACCUGUGUAGGCGGUACCCAGCUGGUACUGGUAGAAGGGUUUUCGGCGGACACAACAUCUUUGUUUGUAUGUGGUGCUGAGGAUCGAACCUGGGCCGCACGCUUGCCAGGCGAGUGCGCUACUGCUUGAACCACAUCCCCAGCCCUCUUUAUCUUCAUUUAUUUAUUUUUAUGUGGUGCUGAGGAUCGAACCCAGAGGGCCUCAUGCAUGCAAGGCAGACGCUCUACCAUUGAACUACAACCCCAGCCCCAUCCCAGGCCUUUUUAAUAUUUUAUUUAGAGGCAGGGUCUCGUUCAGUUACUUAGGGCCUCGCUAAGUGGCUAAGGCUGGCUUGGAACUAGCAAUCCUCCUGCCUCAGCCUCCUGAGCUGCUGGGAUUACAGGUAUGUACCACUGUGCCUGGCAAUUUCUGUCACUUAAAAUGGGUGGAAGAGAAAGACUUCGGCAUUUUUAAGAAAUUAAUCCCAUCAUAGUGGUUCACUUUUCCUUUAGCCUCAUGUUGUGUUGGAGACUGUCAUUUUGAAUCUGCCUGUUCAAUAGGGGCAGGUAAUCCAGGCCAAACAAUCCCAGAACACUCUGAUUACUAUGAGACUGUGUAACAUGAAUGUUGAUUUGCCAAGUGCAUCACCAUAAAUACCUGGGCUUUAGGCUUGUUAGAAGUUCAUUUCUUCAGAAAACAAUUCUGCCUAGACUCAUUGAUUGAAAGAUUCAUUAAAAUGCAGUUAUCAAUGGAGUGUGGUGGCAGGCCCAUCCCAGCUACUUCAGAAACUGAGGCAGAAGGAUCACAGUUUUUUUUUUUCUUAAAAUAUUUAUUUGGGGGCUGGGGUUGUGGCUCAGUGGCAGAGUGCUUGCCUAGCAUGUGUGAGGCACUGGGUUCUGUUCUCAGCACCACAUACAAAUAAAUGAACAAAAUAAAGGUCCAUCAACAUCUAAAAAAUUAAAAAAAUAUAUAUUUUUUUGAUUGUAGAUGAAACAAUAUUUUUAUUUUAUUUUUUAAUUUUUUUAUGUGGUGCUAAGCAUUGAACCCAGUGCCUUACACAUGUGAGGCAAGUGCUCAACCACUGAGCUCCAACCCCUGCCCUGAGGAUCACAAGUUUGAGGCCAGCCUGAGUAACUUAGUGAGACUCUGUCUCAAAAUAAAAAUGAAAAGGUCUGAGGAUGUAGCUCAGUGUAGAGUGCCCCUGGAUUCAAUCCCAGUAUUGCUAAAACAAACAAACAAACAAAACAUUAUAGUUUCUUCUUUGUGCUGUGUACCAUCCUGGGUUAGUACCGUGAAUACUGAGCUUUCUGUGGUCUUGAAGGCUUGAGACAGAGAAGGCACAGUUUCUGCCCUCCUAGAAUUGAGAAUUGUCACAGAUUCAUAACCUUUUC